UGAUGGGUUUUAAUUUCUUCUUCCUUCCUUUAGUGAAGGUUGCUUCUGAACAAACUUUAUUUCUGUAAUUUUUCUUGGUUGGGGGCCAGCCUUCCCUUGCUAUCUCUCCAAAAAAACAGCAAAACCCCAUUAGGCAAUGGAGAGAAAAAUGCUUACUAGGACAGAGGCAAUAAUAUAUAAUCUAUGUUGUUGUUGUUGUUGUUUAGUCGUGUCUUACUCUUUGUGAUCCCAUGGACCAGAGCACGCCAGGCACUCCUGUCUUCCACUUCCUCUCGCAGUUUGGUCAAACUCAUGUUGGUAGCUUUGCAAACACUGUCCAACCAUCUCAUCCUCUGUCGUCCCCUUCUCCUUCUACCCUCAGUCUUUCCCAACAUAUACUUCUCAUGAAAUCCUUUACCUAGGCUGCGUACAUAACCAUGUAUUUAAAGCACACAUGCACAGUCAUGGGAACUGUAGUUUACCCUUCAAAGAGCUACAGUUUCCAAUAUUUUUUGGGGUGUGUGUGUGUGAUUUAAUGUAUACUUUACACAUGGGCGUAGCCAGGAUUUUUGUUGGGGGAGGGGCAGGCAUUUUGUUAGGGGAGGCAGAACCUCAGCUAUGUAUUUUUAUUGAUUUAGUUAGUGGGGGCAGCUGCCUCUCCCUGCCUCCUUUUGGCUAAGCCCAUGUGUACGCAACUUGUUUCAGUUAUUAAUGCAAAAUCAGUCUGUUUCAGUUAUUAAAGCAAAAACAAACCACAAAAAAAUUGGGCAAGGACUAUUAUAAUUUGUGUCCUGUUUCUGGGCUUGAUGGAUCAUUGUGUGGGAUAGGCCUUUGGUCUGCUCCAGCAGGCCUCUUUUUAUGUAUUCUAGAAAUAGAUUUCUUAGGGUGGUACUGACAAUGUGACCCUAAGCAAUUUUGCUCUGAAAUGAGCUGCACUGAAUUCUGUUGAACUUACUCCCAGGUAGGUGAACGUAAAAUGUUCCUAGAGCUGUUUGCACUCCCUACCAGGUGCAGAUGUUAUGAGUUUUAAAAUGCUGUUGCAACAUUCAUAUUGCAGGCCUCCUUAAGCAAAACCCAAUUCCAGCCUUAUAAGUGAAAAUGUGAUUAAUCUGAAAUGCAUCAUUUAGAUAAAGAACAUUAACGCUGGAUAGAGAAUGAGUGUACUGUAGUUCUCAGUUCAGUUCUACAUUUUGGCCACUAUGUAGGAAAUGCCAAGCUGAACUUAACUCAAAAGUAUAUGACUCAUUUGAAUCUACUUCCUGCCGAAAUGCUUGCUGUUCAUGCAUGGACAUUAGAAACAGGAUCUGCCUUGGUUGGGCAUCUUGUGCAAACUCAAGUUACAAAUGCCUUUUGCAGAUACGAUGGUUGGAGAGCUUUUCUGAAAGAGUUCAGAGGUCAAAAGAUACUGGAUAUGGUUCCAGUCUGGCAAAAUUCCAGAAAUUUCUAUGGUUUCCUUUUUUCUUAAAGGGAACACUGUUCCUAGUGUUUUUUCCCCAUUAUGGCUGCAAAUUCAUGGUAUGAGACUGAAUGCUUUACCUUUUGUUGCCGGUAUACCCUUUUUGCCCAGGUGAAGCAGUGAUCUUAGAUACUGCAUGUGCUUCCCUCUUGAUUAGACCAGGUUCUUUUUGUUGAAAAGGGGCAGGCAUAUCUAGAAGCAAUUUUACAAGAAAAGGUACACGAUGUUCCUCAGGGUCCUUUCCAACUAUACAAUUCUAUGAAGAUAAAACAGCAGAUGUCCCUGAGGCUUGAAAUUCUGUCACUGAUUUACAGAGCAUUUGUACUUGGCAGUAAGUCCCACUAUGUUCUAUAGGGGUUGUACCCAUAUAAGUGUGCCUUGAAAAUCAUUUGUAUUCAGUUGCUGUAAGUGUGGGUAAGCAAAAAUUUAUGUGGAAGGGAAAACAUUUUUAAAGUUCCACACUGCUUUAGAAGUAAAACAGUGAACACUGCUUUUCCUAUACAGUACCUGGUUUGUUCUUCUGAAGUUUUAUUCGGUUAAAAAGAUGCACUAUCUGAGAUAGUGUUUACUCUUGCUAAUUAUUAAGUUGUUGACGUAAUGUAGGCAGAUUGUAUAUAACUCUCACAUGGAUCUUUGAAGAUGCAGUUUGGUGAGCAUGUGCCUCAGGGAAUGACAAAAUGAGCGUUCUUGACACACCCUCCUCAACUGCAUCAUUGGAAAUGUGCUAAAGACUGAAACUGAAGCUUUGUUCACACCUUCAUAAUCACGCAUUCGUUGAACACGUGGAGGGGAAGUGGGAUCAUCAUGCUUGCUAGCUUUGCCACUGGCUGUGCUGAAGGUCACAAUGCCAUCGUUUCCCACAGAAGCCGGGAUGGACACCUUGGCUUGCUCUCACUUCUCAGCCAGCUGCACACCCAAUGGAAUUCCGGAGAAGGAGCCUUGCAACUCGCCAGAGAAGGAGAGGAAGUGGAUCAGGCCUGACAUUCCAAGCAAGUGUACCUGGGAGCUUGGGAAAUCUCCUUCUGAGUCGCCCCAUCGCCAUGUUGCAAGAUCCGAGACUCCAAAAAUUAUGCCCGACAUCCUCAAGAAGAUCGGUGAUACUCCCUUGGUCCGAAUCAACAAAAUUGGGAAGCUCUUUGGACUUAAAUGUGAGCUCUUGGCAAAAUGUGAGUUUUUCAAUGCUGGAGGGAGUGUGAAAGACCGAAUCAGCCUAAGGAUGGUGGAAGAUGCUGAAAGGGAUGGGAUUCUGAAACCUGGAGAUACCAUUAUCGAACCAACAUCAGGAAACACAGGGAUCGGACUGGCUUUGGCAGCUGCAGUGAAAGGCUACCGCUGUAUCAUCGUCAUGCCAGAGAAAAUGAGCAUGGAGAAGGUGGAUGUUCUGCGAGCUCUUGGGGCAGAAAUUGUGAGGACUCCAACUACUGCUAGAUUUGACUCUCCAGAAUCUCAUGUCGGCGUGGCGUGGAGACUGAAAAAUGAAAUCCCCAAUUCCCACAUAUUGGAUCAGUACCGCAAUGCUAGCAACCCCCUGGCCCAUUACGAUUCCACGGCUGAGGAGAUCCUGCAGCAGUGUGAUGGUAAUGUAGACAUGAUUGUAGCUGGAGCGGGUACGGGAGGCACCAUCACUGGCAUUGCCCGAAAACUGAAGGAGAAAUGCCCUGAAUGCAAAAUUAUAGGUGUUGACCCCGAAGGAUCCAUUCUUGCAGAGCCUGAAGGACUAAAUAAUACAGACAGUACAACUUAUGAAGUGGAAGGGAUUGGAUACGACUUCAUCCCUACUGUUCUGGACAGCUCACUGGUGGACAAAUGGUACAAGUGUAAUGAUGAAGAAUCUUUUGCCUGUGCGCGCAUGUUAAUCAGAGAUGAAGGGUUGCUGUGUGGUGGCAGCUCAGGCAGUGCUAUGUCUGUUGCCGUCAAGGCUGCCAAAGAGCUGAAAGAAGGCCAGCGCUGUGUCGUCAUCCUUCCGGAUUCUGUCAGGAACUACAUGUCCAAGUUUUUGAAUGACAAAUGGAUGACCCAAAAAGGCUUCAUGAAAGAAGAAGAUGACAUUAUUAACAAGCCCUGGUGGUGGCACUUGAAAGUUCAGGAAUUGUGUCUCUCUGCUCCCCUGACAGUAUUACCAAGCGUUACCUGUGAAAAGACCAUUGAAAUACUCAGAGAAAAGGGAUUUGACCAAGUACCUGUUGUUGAUGAAUCUGGAUUGAUUUUGGGAAUGGUUACCCUCGGCAACAUGCUUUCUUCACUGCUUGCUGGUAAAGUGCAGCCAUCAGACCAAGUCAGCAAAGUAAUCUACAAGCAGUUCAAAAAGCUAUCAAUUGAAUCAUCGUGCAAAAUAUAUAACCUGAUUCGUCUGCAGGACAACUUGGGGAAGCUCUCCCAUAUUUUGGAAAUUGAUCAUUUUGCUCUGGUGGUGCACGAACAGAUUCAGUGGCACAUGAAGGAGCCACAGGAUUUUCUCCACACAUAUGAGGAUCACAGCAAUGGCCAAUCCAGCAAAAAGCAAAUGGUCUUUGGUGUCGUCACAGCAAUCGACUUACUCAACUUUGUGACUGCCCAGGAACGACGAAGAAAGGCAACCUAAUUUCAAGAAGCACCAUUGGUGGCAGCUGCUUCAGUAGCUUUUAGGGUUUUAAGUAUCUUUUUCUUCUUCUUCCUGUUUUUGUUAAGACAAAUCUAACCAAAUAAACCAAGCAUCAUUAGUGGAACCACUAAUGCAGUCAUAACUUCCAGUAUGUUAAGGAGCACACUGAAAAAGUAAUCCAAUCUGAAUUUAUAGUAGUCAUCAGGAUCGCUGCUGUUCAGUGAGAGGCUGUCUCCUCCACAAAGAUUGGUUCUCUUUUGCUAUGAUACAGCUGAGCUGGAGAACCCAGAACUGAGGAACUAGCAAUAAUGGCUGGGGUGACCAAAACCGUUAAUGACUCUGAUAGUGGCCACAUGGGGUUCUCCCCAAAGCACACCGUUCCUGCUUUCAUGAGUGCAAUGUACCUUCAAACUCUUCCUCAAUAGUGUUGCAGGCUUGGGAGGCCUAGGUUCAACCUUAGGCAUCUUAUUCACAUUACAACCUGCUAGGUGCCGAGGCUCCUGUCUUCUGUACUGAAAACACACAAAAUAACAUCCAGGCCUUCAGUUCUCCCUUACUAGAUGUUUGAUAUCCUCUUCAACACUGCUUUUUCACUUGUAAGUGGGUACAAUGUUUUUUCAGCCACACUGCAGAUUAUCUCCUUGUCUUGCCAAUUUACAGUCUGGAUUAUUGUCUGCACGUUGCUGGUAAGGUAAACAGAUGUACAGCAGCAACAUCAAAGAACUCUAAAUUCUCCAUUGACUCUGCCAGGUGUAAUAUGGAGAGUUUUUAUUUCCAUUAACCUAACCUUGGCCAAUUUGGUUAAUAGACUAUUGAACACCAAAAAUAUUCAGGAAUUUCCACCCUGUGUAGGCCAAAGAAAGUUUAACAAAUGCCCUAAUCUUUCAUGGAAUGUCUUAAUGAUGAUUCUUAGCUAGAAGUAUGUCUACAUUUGUUAUAUUGUGUUGCUUUACGCCAGCUUCCGUUCUACUUUGCACAUGAGUAAGCUAAUGUUGUGUUAUGUUUGGUUUGGGGUGUUUCAUGUCACACCCCUUAGUCUUUAUGGGGGAUACUGGAAACACAUUUGGCUCUUCAUUUACUCAGGUGAAUUUGUUUAAUUGAAUUGAUGUCAUUUUCCCUUCUGCGACUUCCACUAAUUUUCACCGGAAAUUUUUAAGAAGCAUGAUACCGAUACUGUGAUUUGUUUUGUUUUGUUUUUGCAGUUCUAUCUAUACUUGUGUUUUAUGUCAGAAAACCCUCUUGUUGCAAUCAAACAUUCAGUGAAGUGUGCAUAAGAACAUUGGUUCCAUGUAGAAAACUCGGAUUUAUAUAUAAAACUUACCCCUAGAUGCUUUCUUAGUGUAAAUUCAGUUUGGUCCUGUUUAUAGCAGAUGAAAUACCCGUUGUCCAUUAUUUUGUUCAGUAUUGUAAUCAGCAUGCAUUAGCAUUUCAGCAUUAUAAAAAAAGCAAAUCCAUAUGUUUCUAAAAGUUUUGUUCCAAAAAAGCUAAAUAAAAAUGAUUUCAUUUCUGACAAACUAA